AAUUCGAUCAAACACCCUAAUGGUAUAAAACGGAGUUCACAAAAUAUGAAUGCGAAUAAUAGUAGGGACUAUAGAAGUGGUUAGCCAUGAAGAUUCCAGCGCUGCACUCAGUACAGUGUUGGGGCACUCCUUGCGGAGCCUCUGCACCUUGCCGGAGUCGUCAACCUUAUAGAACUGCAAAAUCGCGAGCUUCACCUUCUCGUGCUUGUGCUUGAUCUUCUUAGGCUUGGUAUAUGUCUUCUUCUUGCGCUUCUUGCCACCACCGCGGAGACGAAGGACGAGGUGGAGAGUGGUGAAAUCCCAAAACCCAUGCCAGUCAAUGUUACAACACGCUAUGGUGGCCUUACUAAAACUCCGUCAAAGUUCCUUCCUUUCUCCGUUCUUCCUCCGCCGCUUCUGUUCCGUUCCACCGCCACCAAGUGAAUCCAAAGACGCCGAAUUGGUGUCGAAUCUCCUGCUGCAGCACCACAACCCCUUCCACGCCACCGAAUCGAGCCUCCAGCUCCACGGCGUCACCCUCACCCCCGACCUUCUCUUCCAAACCCUCCUCCGCCUCAAGAACCAUUCCAAGAUAGCCCUCUCCCUCUUCCACUUCGCCAAAACCCUCCCCAACCCCCCUCUCACCUACGACUCCUACACGCUCCUCAUCGAUUCUGUCGCCAAGGUUCGCCAAUUCGACGUCGCAUGGCAACUCAUCGUCGAAAUGGCCCAGCGCAACCUCCAUCCAACCUCCGCCACCUUCCUAACCCUAAUUCGCCGCCUCAUAGCGGCCGGCCUCACUCGCCAGGCGGUACGCGCCUUCCACGACAUUGACGCCUUUGCCAAAACGACUCCCGACGACUUCUGCUUCCUGCUCGACACGCUCUGCAAGUACGGCUACGUCAGACUCGCCGUCGAGGUUUUCAACACAAACCGAACCGCUUUCCCUCCCAACGUGAAAAUGUACACGGUUUUGAUCUACGGGUGGUGCAAGCUGGGGAAGGUUAAAAUCGCGCAAACGUUUCUGAACGAAAUGAUUAAGCGAGGGAUUGAGCCUAAUGUUGUUACUUAUAACGUUUUGUUGAAUGGGGUUUGUAGGAAGGUGAGUUUGCACCCUGAAGAGAGGUUUGAGAGGACUAUAAGGAACGCAGAGGAGGUGUUUGAUCAAAUGCGUAAGAACAGGAUUGAGCCAGAUGUGACUAGCUUUUCGAUUUUGCUUCAUGUUUAUAGCCGCGCGCAUAAGCCGGAGUUGGUGCUUGAUAAGCUGAGGUUGAUGAAGGAGAAAGGGAUUUUUCCCAAUGUGGUGAUGUAUACCUCGGUUAUCAAGUGUCUUGCUUCGUGUGGGAGGCUUGAGGACGCAGAGAGGUUGCUUGAGGAGAUGGUGAAGGAUGGAGUGAGUCCAUGUGCCGCAACGUACAAUUGCUUCUUCAAGGAGUAUAGAGGAAGGAAGGAUGCUGAGAGUGCGUUGAGGAUGCUCAAGAGGAUGAAGGAGGAUGGGUUCUGUGCGCCGAGCUCGCACACCUAUGUGAUUUUGAUUAGGAUGUUUUUGAGGUUGGGCAAGAUCAGAGUUGUGAAGGAAAUAUGGGAGGAUAUGAAGGCCACUGGGGCGGGGCCGGAUUUAGAUUUGUACACGGCUUUGAUACAUGGGUUGUGUGAGAGGCAGAACUGGAGGGAGGCUUGCCAUUAUUUUGUUGAGAUGAUAGAGAAUGGGUUUCUUCCUCUGAGAGGUACCUUUGAGACCCUUUACAGGGGGCUCAUUCAGGCUAAUAUGUUGAGGACUUGGAGGAGAUUGAAGAAGAAGCUUGAUGAAGAAUCGAUAGCUUUUGGUUCAGAGUUUCAGAGUUACCACUUGAAACCUUAUAGGAGAUAAGUUAUUACAUGCACAGUACUCUUGAGACUUUUAUAGGUUCUUUGGCCCGGUUUAUCUUUAUGCAUCUACAAGAUUUCAACAAGACUUUGAUGACUUGGAGAUAUGAGUGAGACUAUCAUUUUAUCUCCAAUAUUUUUGUUAGGUGUGAUGUAAAUUCUGUUUUGAUUAUUUCAAUAGUAUUACUGAUUUUUUCCUCAA